GCGCAGGCCGCAGCGGCGGCGCUCCCGCGGGCUCGGCGGGGCAGCGCGGCCCCGGGCGGGCAGCAGGGCGGGGAGGCGCCGGCGGUGUGCGAGGCGGGGCUCGGGGGAGCCGGGCUGGCUGCUGCAGGCGGAGGGCGGGCGGGGAGAGAGCCGCCCUCCCUCGCCUCUUCUGCUGGCGGCGGCCGGCGAGCAGCCCGCAGAGGGACGCGGGCUCCCGGCGCUCCCGCAUAAAAAAUGGCAUUUCAGAAGGCAGUGAAAGGAACUGCUCUCAUUGGAGGAGGUGCCAUAGCAACAGUUUUUGGCCUCUCUCAAUUUUCUCAGCAUAGAAACAAACACGGCGCCUUGGUGCAGGUUCAGGCUGAAGAAGGUGUUCCAGUGAGGAAGGAGCACCUCCCCAGCAGAGAGCAGCAGCUGGCGGCCCUGCAGAGCGGCGCGGAGUUCGAUGUGCUCGUCAUCGGCGGGGGAGCCACGGGCUGUGGCUGUGCCCUGGAUGCAGCCACCCGAGGACUAAAAACAGCCCUUCUAGAAAGAGAUGAUUUCUCAUCGGGGACCAGCAGCAGGAGCACUAAAUUGAUCCAUGGUGGGGUGAGGUACCUCCAGAAGGCCAUCAUGAAGCUGGAUUUCGAGCAGUACAGGAUGGUGAAGGAGGCCCUGGAGGAGCGUGCCCACCUGCUGCAGAGCGCGCCCCACCUCUCAGGUGCACUGCCCAUCAUGCUCCCCAUCUACAAGUGGUGGCAGCUGCCGUACUACUGGAUCGGGAUCAAGCUGUACGACCUGGUGGCGGGCAGCCAGUGCCUGAAGAGCAGCUACGUCCUGACCAAGGCCCGGGCCCUGGAGCUGUUCCCCAUGCUGCGCAGGGACAAGCUGGUGGGAGCCAUUGUCUACUACGACGGACAGCACAACGACGCGCGCAUGAACCUGGCCAUCGCCCUGACCGCCGCGCGCUACGGCGCUGCCACCGCCAAUUACACCGAGGUGCGGCACCUGCUCAAGAGCACGGACACGGGCCGCGUCUGCGGCGUGCGCUGCAGGGACGUGCUCACCGGGAAGGAGUUCGAUGUCAGAGCCAAGUGUGUUAUCAAUGCCACGGGACCUUUCACAGACUCAGUCCGCAAAAUGGAUGAUCAGGAGGUGCCCAACAUCUGUCAGCCCAGCGCAGGCGUGCAUAUCGUGAUGCCUGGUUAUUACAGCCCUGACAACAUGGGGCUGCUGGACCCGGCCACCAGCGACGGCAGAGUGAUCUUCUUCCUGCCCUGGGAGAAGAUGACCAUCGCAGGGACCACGGACAGCCCCACGGAUGUCACCUCCCACCCCAUCCCCACGGAGGAGGACAUCAACUUCAUCCUGAGCGAAGUGCGCAACUACCUGGGCCCGGACGUGGAAGUGAGAAGAGGAGAUGUGCUGGCAGCCUGGAGUGGCAUCCGGCCCCUGGUGACCAACCCCGACUCCAAGGACACCCAGUCCCUGUCCCGGAACCACGUGGUGACCAUCAGCGACAGCGGCCUCGUCACCAUUGCAGGUGGGAAGUGGACAACGUACCGUGCCAUGGCACGGGACACCAUCGACGCGGCCGUGCGCGAGCACAAGCUGCAGGCAGGCUCCUGCAGAACCAUGGGGCUGCAGCUGGAGGGGGCCCACGACUGGAGCCCCACGCUCUACAUCAGACUGGUGCAGGACUACGGGCUGGAAAGUGAGGUGGCUCAGCACCUGGCUUCCACCUAUGGAGACAAGGCUUUUGAGGUGGCCAAAAUAGCCCAGGUGACAGGGAAGAGGUGGCCUAUUGUUGGGAAACGUCUGGUAUCUGAAUUUCCUUACAUUGAAGCUGAGGUGGUGUACGGGGUGAAGGAGUACGCCCGCACCGCCGUGGACAUCAUCUCGCGCCGCACCCGCCUGGCCUUCCUCAACGUGCAGGCUGCCGACGAGGCCCUGCCCCGCAUCGUGGACAUCAUGGCCAAGGAGCUCAACUGGUGUGAGCAGAAGAAGAAGGAAGAGCUUGAAACAGCUAAAACAUUCCUGUACUAUGAAAUGGGCUACAAGGUGAAAACAGAUCAAUUAACAGACAGCUCUGAGAUCAGCCUGGUGCCUGCGGACAUUGAGAGGUACAAGAAGCGGUUCCGCAUGUUUGACAAGGACAAGAAGGGCUUCAUAACCAUCCUGGACGUGCAGCGCGUGCUGCAGAGCAUCAGCGUGCAGAUGGACGAGAACACCCUCCACGAGAUCCUCAACGAGGUGGACCUCAACAAAAACGGGCAGGUGGAGCUCAACGAGUUCCUGCAGCUGAUGAGUGCCAUCCAGAAGGGCCGUGUGUCGGGCAGCAGGCUGGCCGUGCUGAUGAAGAGCGCCGAGGAGAACCUGCGGCGGCGCCAGGCCAUCCCCGUGGACCGCAGCGGCGGCGGGCUCUGAGCCCCGGCGUGCCGGGCAGCUCUCUGAGCGCCGCGCUCCGUGUGCCUGGCCCCGUCAUUCCCUGCUGCUGGGGCCGGCCGGGCGUGCGGCUGCGGCUGGCACUGCGGGCUGCAGGGCUCGGGGGCACACAGCGCGUCCUGCCCCGGCCACUGCGGUUUGCAUCGCCUUCUCCUUCGGAGCAGGUGCUCGGAGUGACUCCUGCCCUGCCAUUAAUGUUUGCAUCACCUUUGGAGCACGCCUUGCUCAGAGUGACUCCUGCCCCAGCUCUUAACGUUUCUAUCACCUUGAAGCAGGGUGCUCAGAGCGAAUCCUGGCCCAGCCAUUAACGUUUGCAUCACCUUCGAAGCACAUCCCUGCUCAGAGUGAGUCCUGCCCCAACCAUUAAUGUUUGUAUCACCUUGAAGCAGGGUGCUCAGAUUGAGUCCUGCCCCAACCAUUAAUGUUUAUAUCACCUUCAGAGCAGAGUGUUCAGAGUGAAUCCUGCCCCAGCCAUUAAUAUUUGUAUCACCUUUGGAGCACACCAUGCUCCAAGUGAAUCCUGCCCUGCCAUUAAUAUUUGUAUCACCUUUGAAGCGCAGCCCUGCUCAGAGUGAAUCCUGCCCCAGCCAUUAACGUUUGCAUCUCCUUCUCCUUUGGAGCACACCUUGCUCACAGUGAGUCCUGCCCCAGCCAUUAACGUUUGCAUCUCCUUCUCCUUUGGAGCAGAGUGCUCAGAGCGAGUCCUGCCCUUAAACGCACUGAGUUCUGCAAACACAAAACCUCUAAGCUGCUUCUGCCUCUUCACCAAGGAGCAGGAGAGGGAAAGCUGUGUCCUGGAGUGGAGAUACCAUUCCAAAAGAGCAAACCCAGCUUCUGGCAGGGGUGCUGGAGACCUGUCCCGAGGCUGCUGUGGGUGGUGGGUUUGUCCUGUUAUUCCAGCGGUGCCAGUACUUGGCCACUCAGAAAUUGCAGCUGGAAAACAAGACACCUGGAUUAAUCACCUGAGGUAAUAACGUAGCUGGAAGCUGGGCAGAGCUUCCCUUCUCCACUGUUAACACAAAUAAACUGCCUCUAAUAAAUGGCAUUGUCUGCAGGUGGUGCUUUGUGCAGUGAAAUAAAGGCAAAAGGUGUUUUAUGCUAAAAAGAGCUUCAAGUGUGGGGCAAACCCUGAUGCUGUGUAGUAUGGGGCAGGUUUUGGUAGCACAACAUUCUUAAAUGUUAAUUUUAAAAUGCUCAAACACGGUGAAAAAAACAAAGUGUGUGUCUUGCAUCCUACUAACUUUUCCAGAAAAACAAGGCUGUUUUUCAGCAGGCUAAAUGAGCAACCAAAGCAUGGAGCCCUCACUGGAGCUGUUUCCAGCACUGCUGUACCUGCCUGUUGUCCUGCUGCUGCUGGGCUGGGCUGAGAUCAGCUGGGAGAUUGCUGCCUGAUGUAGAACAAGGCAGGGAGACCUGGCUUUCUGCUGGAUUUGGCAUCUGCUCUGUUCCCUGAGUACAGCAAUUUCCACCUCAAACCAAGCUUCACUUCCCAGGGGUCAGAAUUUCUGCUGAAGUAAAAUCUGAUGUAUUUAACUGGUAUCACCAUGUCCACUGAUGGAAAAUAACAUCCAUCAGGGAUGCCCAACAGGGCAGGAGUGAGCAGCAAGGAUUCCUUGGCUAUUUUAACAGGGAAAAUGGCUCCAGACACAAAUGGAGCUGCUGGGGAGUGGUGGAUGUAGCACAGCGAGUGCACAUGCUGUCUUUGGCUGCAGAAGCAGAGCCCUUAAAAAAAAACAUUAAACAUUUGGGUGUUGAAAAACAGCAGAUACAAAAGAAAAGGGUAAGACUCACCUAAAACGGUUCGGGUGGUUUUUGCAUGUUCAGUUUGUUUUUUGAUGCAGAUGUUGUUCAGGUUCUGGCUUUGUGCUUCGAGCAGGGGCUGAGGAAGGGGGAGUUGGCACAUCUGACACCACAAGGACCUUCCAGUGAACAAAGGGGUUUGUCCCUGUGCUCCUGAAGGCUUUUCCUUUUGAGCUGUGUUCCAGAAUGUUCAGGUGAAGGAUGGAAUGUUUGUGUUCCAAGCGCACAGUAACAGAUCUCACAGGUCCUGCAGAAUGGAGGGAAAUGAAUGUAUAACACACAGUCAUUUUGGCUCAGUGGGAGAGGGAAGGGCUUCAGGAUUCUGCUGUUAACAAAAGUGUAAGGCGAAAUAAAACAAAGUAAAAGUCAUGAGAUCUUCUCCAGGCCAUGUGAAGAAAAAAAAUAUUUCCAAUGAUGAACAGGUUUUUUGUACAGAAAAAAUAUUUUCACUAUUGAACAGCUUUUGUACAGUUUAAAGAGCAAUUCUCCACUCCUCUCUAGCUGGCAUUGUUAAAAUAAUAACCUGAAUUUACCUGGAAAGCAGGGUUUCUGUGUUGUAGCCAAAGUAUGCUCUUUGUUCUCUUGUUUUGCUAAUCCUGCAUCUGGAAUGUGGCUGUGGGUUCUCCUGGCUGCAUGUGUCCUGGACAUGGAUUUGCUUUGUGCCACCUCCUGCUCCCUGCGUGGCACAGCCAGGCUGCAGUGACAGGGACAGCUGACGUGUUGCCCAGCACCCAUGGCACGCUCCCACGUGUUACGUGUCCCCUGGUGUCUGCAGAGGGCUGGCUGUGCUCUGUGGGCUUUCUGUGUGCCCGUACUGUGGGCACAGCUGCGUGAUGCCACUGCCUUGCCCUGCUGAGCUGGGAUUGUGUGUGUGAAGAUUUCUGGUUUUCUGUGGGAGUUUGGUGUUGUAAAUAACUGCCCCUGUGGGGAGGGGGCCCGUGCAGUGUCUGGGUGUGUAUAAAUACGUGUACAGACACACUGCAGGUCUCCACGUGGCACUUAGGUCUGUUGUCAGGUUCCUGUUGCAGCCUGGGCAGUUCACUGCUGUGUUUGAAGCUGGGUUGUCAUUUUUAUAACUGUCUUGGUGUUUUCCUGCCAUUAUUUAUUACCUUUGAUAUCUGGAAUGAGCCGCAUGCGUUUAAUGAGCAAUAAGAGGAUGUAUUUAAUGUGCCUUGUUUUUAACUGAGUAAGGACUGAAAGCAUGAACCAAUAAAAGUGGCUAAAAAAGUU